AUGAAAACAAUAUUAUCUCUAUCAAUAAAUAUAUUAAAUAAUAUAUUAGAUUAUUUAACCAAUGUAGAUAUAGUAUGUUUUAUAUUAAGUCAUCCUAAACUCUAUAAAGAACGAUUCAGUUUUAGACUUCAGUUGGAAUGUGCAUCGAUACCAGAGACAGGUGUAGUGCCAAGACCAAUAGUUUCAAUAUUCGAAGAUUCAGACUUCAAUGCAAUUGAACCAUCGGAGGCCAUCAGAAGAUUCUACUGCGCACAGACAUUCAUCUCAACGAAACAAACACACUUUAAAAACAAUACAUUUAGAAAGAUGCUUUUUAAACAAUUGAAUUUUGAUCAACCCAUUUCAACAUUCACUUGGAAUUCUUUGGAGCAAUCAUCGUUUUUUCAGAGAAAAUCAUUAAUAUCCUAUUGUAUUCCAUCGGAUUGUACAAAUUUGAUUAUCGAUCAAUCUGAUGAUCUAAGUGGAGUUCCAAGUACUGUCAGUUCUCUUUGUAUCGGCGAUAAUGUAAAUGAUAUCUAUUGUGCUAAAAAGUGGAAUACUCCCAACUUUAAGAAGAGUUAUAGGCUGAAUGGUAAUUCUCUACCGAAAUCACUUCGAACACUUUAUUUGGGUGGCCAUUUCAACGAUAUCAUCAAUGUAAAUAUACUACCGGAUGGCAUUACACAUUUGGUUUUCGGUAGUUACUUUAAUAGUCCACUGGCAGUCGGUAGUCUACCAAAGCAAUUGAAGAUUCUUCAGUUUGGCGAGCAUUUCAAUCAACCGCUCUCAGUUGGUCUACUACCAGACACUCUUGAGGAGUUGGACACCCCAGCCGGAAGGUCGAUGUUGCCCGCCAAUCUAAAGUCGCUAAAUCUCGGUAGUCGUUUCGAUAGACGUCUCAAUCCCUACACUUUGCCAGCUUCUUUGGAGCGCUUGAUGUUGAGUACUAUGUUCGAUCACGGUUUGAAUAGCGAUACUCUUCCAGCCAAUCUUAAAGAACUGACAAUUAGCUUCAACUACAAUAAAGUAAUACCACCUGGAGCACUACCCAACGGUCUGAAGAAACUGAGAAUACUCUCAACUCGAUGCCAGCUGCUGGAAGGUGCCAUUCCAGCUUCAGUUGAAACACUAUAUCUUGGCACCGAUCAAGUGUUGGUCGGUUUGGCAAUAGAUUCGCUAAAUCUAAAGAAAUACAUUGUCAACUCUGACAAUGAACAUCGACUCUCAAGUACUAUUGAAUCGUUUACCUGCAUGAAUAACAGCUAUUACAACAAUCCCGAUGGAAGGACAUUAACCGCAGAGGGUUUCAAUCUACAUUCGCUGGUGGAGUUGAAUCUUCAGAAUCUCACAUUGGAUCAUUUCGAUCAUCUAAGACUACCGCCAACUCUCAAAAGACUCUACAUGCCAAUCGGUAGAUUCAACCAACUACUCCCACCGCACUUCUUCCCCGACGGUUUGGAAUUCAUUGAUUUCGGUCAUAAUCUAGUCACCAGUAUUCCUGUGGUACCAAACACAGUUAAACACAUGGUGUUCCGCUCACGCGACGUCAAACCCACCAAUAGAAUUCCACCUUCAGUCAAGAAAGUCGAAUUCCAUUCGCAAUUGCCUGAAUUCCCAGUGGCUAUAUUAAGCGAUGGCAUUGAGACUAUAACAUUGGACGAAAAUUGUCGUUCAAGUUCCUCGAUGAAUCGAAUCUGCUCGUGUUGUCGGAGCGUUUGGAGGGUGGAAUCAUAA